UCCAUGUCUGGCAACCAGACUUCUUAAACUAUCUGGCAACCAGUAAUAGAAAUUGUAAAUAAAAGAAUAAAUUGUAAAUAAUUGUAAACAAACAUUUAGACUCCGGUGCUCCAGCAUCACCAUGUUUGAACAAAACCAGAAAACCAUCUUCGUGCUUGACCACACUCGCUACUUCAGCAUCGCCAGCGAGGAUUACAUCUCGAUGGAUUUCCUGAAAGGGAAGCCCUCUGUGGAUACCGGAACAGGCGCCGGCGUUGGUGGAGCUAGCGGCUUGGGAACGCAGUUCAGCAAGAGUCUGUGGACCUGCGCCUGCGAAUCAUCCAUCGAGUACUGCCGCGUGGUCUGGGAUCUUUUUCCCGGCAAGAAGCACGUCCGCUUUAUCGUCUCGGAUACGGCGGCCCACAUCGUGAACACCUGGAGCACCAGCACGCAAAACAUGUCCCACGUAAUGAACGCUAUGGUGAUGGUUGGCGUUCCUUCGCGCAGCAUGCCCCAAUCCUCUGACUACUCCGUCAUCCAUGGACUCAGAGCGGCAAUUGAGGCGCUGGCGGAGCCCACGGACGAGCAGUUGGCGACGAUUGCCAGUGGAGAACCAGUGCACAUUCCGAACGAAGGCCGUGUCAUCUGCAUCACCUCGGCGCGGGACAAUACGAGCAUGAAGAGCCUGGAAGACAUUUUCAACACAGUUCUGAUACAGCAGAACGCUCUGGCUGGUCCGCCGGCCAAGAAGGGUCUAGCCAUUGACCAUUGUCACCUUGUCAUCCUUAACAUUGUUCCACUAGGAGUAGAGUCGUUGGUGACAAAUCGUGGCCUUUUAAAUAUCUCUCCGCUGCUGGACGUUGAAAUCCACACAGUCAGUGCGCCAGACAUAUCCCACAAGCUGACGCACCUCAUCCUCGACCACUACAACCUGGCCAGCACCACGGUGACCAAUAUUCCCAUGAAGGAGGAACAGAACGCCAACUCCAGCGCCAACUACGACGUAGAGAUCCUACACAGCCGGAGCGCCCACUCAAUCGCCUGCGGCCCUGACUUCAGCCUUCCCACGAGCAUAAAGCCAGGCGCCACCUACGAAACAGUCACCCUUAAAUGGUGUACACCUCGUGGCUGUGGCUCUGCCGAUUUGCAGCCCUGUUUAGGGCAGUUUCUUGUAACACCUGUUGACGUGACUUCACGUCCCAGCUCUUGCUUGAUUAACUUUUUGCUCAAUGGCCGAUCCGUGCUUCUGGAGAUGCCGCGUAAGGCCGGUUCGAAGGCCACCAGCCACAUGCUGUCGGCUCGUGGUGGGGAGAUCUUCAUACACUCGCUGUGCAUCACACGGUCCUGCAUGGAUGAAGCGCCGGCGAUAGGAGACGGGCCAGGCGGGCGCGUCACCGACUACCGAACCACAGAACUCGGUCAGCUGAUGAAAAUGUCGCGAAUGGUGCCUCUGAAGGCUAAGGAUCCCACUGCCCCUGGACUGCCGCGGCGGAUGCCGCGUUACUUCCCCCUUACCAACGGCUCAUCUAUCUUGUUCCACCUUCAGCGGCAUAUCAGUUGGAUGCCGCAUUUCCUGCACCUGCUGGUCAAAGAGGAUAUGGACAAGCAGGAGGAAGUGCGGUGCCAACAGCACAUCCACGAACUCUAUAAGAGUGCCUCGCGAGGCGACAUGCUGCCCUUCACUCACACCAAUGGAGCUAGGUUGAAACUAUCCAAAGCGAAGGAUCAAUACCGCUUGCUCUACCGAGAGCUAGAGCAACUAAUCCACCUCAACGCCACCACCGUUCAUCAUAAGAAUCUUCUCGAGAGCCUGCAGAGCUUGCGAGCCGCUUACGGAGAAGCCAAGUCGGAGCCCAACUCCAGUUUGCUGCGUUCUUACACGGAAUCUCCACAUUCCCCUGAGCGCCUGGAGCCCAUUCCGAGUGGCGGCUCCUCGGGCAGCAAUUCGAACAGCUUACUAAAGGCCAGCAAACGCCGCAUGUCCAGCUGCGGCCAAAGAUCCCUGCUAGAUAUUAUAUCCUCGGCGGAACGAAGUCAGGCGAACAAGCGUUUGGACUUCUCAGGUCGGCUUUGUACUCCCCUGGGACAGGUGGCCAAGUUAUAUCCUGAUUUCGGGAACAAAGAAAAGGACUCUCUGUUGGCGGGCACUACCGCUGCACCAAAUGUCAAGGAGGAGUCUAUCCGCAGUUAGCUCUUGCUUUCCAGAAAGCCAUGAAUGAAACUCUGAUAGAAAACCUGCUCCAACACUUUCCUUGAACACGAAUUAGUAUAAAUCGACAAUUGCAUUUGUCUAUAUUAACGUAAUAUUUUAAACAAAGUUUCCAAAAAGUAUGUAUCGGUUCUAAGCAUGAUGUGUAUUUGAUUCCUUAUUGUUAAAAUUUAUAAAGCCAGUUAGUUUUUUUUCAAU